AAAUAAACUUUUGAGUAGGUUGUGUUCAACAAUUGUGUGAUUCGUAUUUUGAAGAGCUAAAACAUUUUUAUCAUUAAAACCAUUAACAUGCGCAUAGUUUGUCGUCAAAGCUCAAGGCUACCGACGUCUUAUCUAUUCUAAACAACAUCUUGUACAAUCACAUAGUAGAUAUCAUUAUAAAAAAUAGUUUUAGCGCAAAAUGCGAAGUAUUUCAACAUAAACAUAUUUAAUUAAGAAAUAGUAUUGAUUUAUUCUACGCUUUACGAAUAUAUUAAAUAAAUAAAAAAAUCUUCUAAAAUGUUUAAUGGUGUAAUAGAUAGAUACAACGGUGUGACAAUAGAUUCACAAAAAGAGCCGUGUGAUCCCAGUUUAUUUCCAACCCAGUUAAUAGACUCUCUCAGACAAUGGGCUGAGGAAGGGAAGAGAUGCAUAUGGUUCAAAGUCAAUAUAAAGGAUGCUGCAUGGGUGCCAAUACUAGCCAAUGAUGGCUUUAACUUUCAUCAUGCCAGAGAUGAUUUUGUGAUGAUGUACAAGUGGUUACCAACAGAUUGCUCUCACAACUUGCCUCCAGCCUGUCACACAAACCUCGGAGUAGGUGGCAUGGUGUUCAAUGACAAAAAUCAAAUAUUGAUUGUAAAAGAAAAAUCCAUUGAUUACCCGCACUGGAAGCUUCCUGGAGGUUAUGUUGAGAGGAAUGAAGAUAUAAAAGAUGCCGCCAUGAGAGAAGUAUGGGAAGAAACUGGAAUAAAGACAGCAUUCGACUCCAUGAUAACAUUAAGGCAUUCACACAGAUCCAUGUUUGGUAACUCUGAUAUUUAUGUUGUAGUUAAGCUCCAAGCUAAAACAUCAGAAAUAACUAAAUCUGAUGUAGAAAUACAAGCAUGCCAGUGGAUGGAUGUGGAGGAAUUCUUAAAUCAUCCUCAUGUUCACGAAUUCAAUCGUUUUUUGGUAAAACAAGCCUUGGACUUAGAACAAAGGAAAAUCAAAUUAGGUCUACAUCAGCAGACAAUAACAUUUGCAAAACUUUCACGUGAUGUAACUAAUCUUGUAAUUGAAGAUUUAUAAAUUAUUAUUACAUAUUCAAUGUAUUAAUAUAAUUCGACUGUGAGG